UUCAACGAGGCAGCACGCGUUUGCGCUCGGUCCCGUCGCGAGCAAAAUGGUGAACCACCGUAUUCCUUCGGUCUUUUCUAAGACCUACGUUACUCCGCGUCGUCCGUUUGAAAAACCCCGUCUUGAUGCGGAAUUGAAGAUUAUUGGCCAAUACGGCCUUCGCAACAAGCGUGAAGUCUGGCGUGUGAAGUACACGUUGGCCAAGAUUCGCAAGGCUGCUCGUGAGCUCUUGACACUGGAAGAGAAGGACGAAAAGCGUCUGUUCCAAGGUAAUGCCCUGCUGCGUCGUCUGGUGCGCAUUGGUGUGUUGGACGAGUCACGGAUGAAACUCGAUUACGUUCUCGGUCUCAGAAUUGAAGAUUUCCUCGAGCGUCGUUUGCAGACCCAGGUGUUCAAGCUGGGCUUGGCUAAGUCCUACCAUCAUGCACGUGUUCUGAUCCGUCAGAGACACAUUCGUGUCCGCAAACAGGUCGUGAACAUUCCUUCGUUUAUCGUACGACUGGAUUCCCAGAAGCACAUUGACUUCUCAUUGAAGUCUCCGUUCGGCGGUGGUCGUCCAGGUCGCGUUAAGAGGAAGAACCUGAAGAAGGGCCAGGGUGGCAGCGGCGGCGCCGAAGAAGAGGAGGAAGAUUAAACUUGAGAAACUUGCAAAAAUGGUUUCCGAUUUGCGUUGUUACUCCUUAUGGGGGCAAUAAAACUACGUCAUAACUGA